AUGGCGACCUCAUCAGCAACAUCGCCAGACACGCAGGUCACCUUGAAGAUCAACUUCGACGGCAUGACUCGUCGUCACAAGCUUCCGCUGCGUGACAUGGGGCCCAGCACCCUUGAGGAUAGAGUCCGCUCUCUCCUUGCUCUCUCUUCUGACGCCAACGUCGUCCUUGAGAGAUAUUCUGACUCGGCUGGUUCGUACAUCACCCUCGACAAGCAAAACGUAUCAGUCUACAAGCAACUUUACCGAGCCGCCAAGGCAAAGCAAAAGCUCAAGCUCCGCGUCUCCAAGCUGUCCGAGGAGAAAAUGGCUCCAAGGCCUGUGUCCGUGGAGGAUGUCCCAGAGCCCAGCACUCCCAAGAUCGAGGAGGAACAGAAGCCCGAAGCUGCUAUGGCACAGCCCCUGGUCGACCUGAGGCAAUCUAGCGAGCUCGACUUAGAGCCCAAGAAGGAACUGCCGACUACCGACACUGGCCUUGACUUUGAGGCUUCCAUCCUCGCCUCUCUCAUGAGCAGACACGCCAGAAUCAACGACGAAGAGACGCCGGCAGCCUCGGCCGAUAUCCCCGUUUCUGAGGGCAUCACGGCUCGUAACCAGUGGUUUGCUAACGUCGCCGCUGCUGAGAGCGCACCCCAACGCGCUUCUUGGGGUCGUUGCCCCGCUUUGAUGCACCCCAACACCAACUUCGCCGUGUGCUGCAACAGCUGCGACCAGACAGUUCCCGAUGCUCACUACCACUGCUCUACCUGCGACGAUGGUGAUUUCGACCUGUGCCAAAAUUGCGUCGACCAAGGCAUCACUUGCUACGGCGCCGAUCACUGGCUCAUCAAGAGAGUUGUCAAGAACGGUCAAAUCAUGAACAGCACCACGGAGACGAUUGCUCCCAAGCCCAAGGCUAAAGUUGAGGAGCCUGCACAACUGCCUGCCAAGGUGCCCGCCAAUAUCAGUGAACUCCUCCGUCCCGUGUUCAACAGCGCGAUGUAUAGCAUGCGCACUUGCAACUGCUGUGUGACGGAGCUGCCCGAGUCCAGCUUCCUUCACUGCACAGCUUGCGAGGACUUCGAUCUGUGCCACGCAUGCUUCGAAAAGGACCUUCAUGGCCACAACCCCAAACACCCCUUCGUCACCGCCGUUGAGGGGACUCAUGUCCCCAGCCACAUUCAGGUUAAGUUGGCCCCCGGCCGUAACCAGAGCCACAACGCCAUUUGCGACGGCUGCGACAAGUACAUCACUGGCGUCCGCCACAAGUGCCUCGACUGCCCUGACUGGGACUACUGCGCGGACUGCAUCGUGAACUCCAAGUUCGUUCACCCUAAUCACCGCUUCGUUCCCAUUUACGAGCCUCUCGAGGAGGUCCGCAGCCGCGCCCUGGCCCGUUCUACCCACUUUGGCAUUUGCUGCGACGGCCCUCUGUGCGCCCGCGCCCACAGUGCACCGACCUACAUUGCCGGUGUUCGAUACAAGUGCACCGUGUGCCACGACACCGACUUUUGCGCUAACUGCGAGGCUAGUCCUGCUAACACUCACAACAAGACGCACCCUCUUGUCAAAUUCAAAACGCCAGUCCGUCACGUCACUGUUACCACCACUGGCGAGCGGGGUGAUGGCCAGCGUAUGCAGCAGAUGGGUGACCGCAACGUUCGUCGCACUAGCUCCCGCUCCACAGAGACUACUGCGAACGCUUCUAUCAACGUUCCUCAGACUGUCGUCGAUGUGAAGCCCACGGAGCCGGCAGUCAAGCAGGAGGCCGUUGAGGAGAUUUCCGAGCCCGCUCCCAAGCCCAUCAUCAAGGAGGAGGUUGUCGACAAGACACCUGAGCCCGAGCUUGAGGUCAAGAAAGAGAUCGUUGAGGAGAAGCCUACUCCCAUUGUCGAAAAGGCUCUUACCGAGCAAGAUCUUCAGGCAGUAUUUGUCCGUGACACGGUCGCCGAUGGUACCGGCCUCCCACCCAACCACGUGUUCGAGCAAACCUGGGUUCUCCGCAACGAUGGCGACGUUGCGUGGCCCGCCGGAUGUUCUGUCAAGUUCGUCGGGGGCGACUACAUGGGCCACGUCGAUUCGAACCACCCUGCCGGCAUCUCCGAGCUCGUCUCUGCUUCCGAGUCCACCGUCUGCUAUGCGCCUCUCGCCCCUGGUCAGGAGUUCGCCUUCAAUGUUUUGCUGCGCACGCCUGCCCGUGAGGGUAAGAUCAUCUCCUACUGGCGCCUGACGACUAAGGAUGGUCUCAAGUUUGGCCACAGGCUGUGGUGUGAUGUCAGCGUGCAGAUCCCCAAGCCUAUCGCUGAGGAGCCUAAGGAGGAGAGUGAAGAGUCUAAGGAAUCUCAUGUGGAGAUGCAGAGCAGCAACAUGAUCUUCCCUAAGCUUGAGAAGGAAUCGCCGGUGUCCAGCAUCUACCAGGAGGUCAAGUCUGAGUUCGUCCCCACCACCAGCUCCGAGGCGGAAGAGUUUGAGGAUUGUGGUGAGGAAGACGAGUGGGAUGCCUCUGAUGAUGGCUUCAUGACUGACGAGGAGUACGACAUCCUCGACGCCUCGGACGAGGAGUUCCUUGAGGAGCAGCAGCGCAGGCUGAGGAAGUGA